GUGUCUCUAGGAUGGAGCGCAGGAGUGAAGAUGCUCUGCGGUUGAACCUGCUGAAGAGAGGCUUGGAGCAGCAGCAGCAGCAGCAACAUGAGGACAGGGAGGAGGCCCUGGCCAAGAGGCUGAAGAUGGAGGGCCACGAGGCCAUGGAGCGGCUCAAGAUGCUGGCCCUGCUGAAACGCAAGGACCUCGACGGGCCGGAGCUGGGGCAGGGGGGCAAGACUGGGGGGGCAGGGGGCGGCGGGUACGAGGAGAAACACAACGGCAGCCUGCGAGCCCACCCGGACCCCCGCGUGGGGGGCAAGACUGGCAAAGAGAACAUGGGGGAGGAGCCUGUGGAUAUGAGCUCGCGCCGGGGCGAUGUGGACCGCGAGCGCCGCACCCCCUCCCCCGACAUCAUCGUGCUGUCAGACAACGAGGCGUCCAGCCCGCGAUCCAACUGCUGCAUGGAGGAGCGGGUUAAAGCGGCCAGCCUGGAGAUGUUCAAGGGGAGGAGUGUGGAGGAGAGGCAGCAGAUGAUCAAGCUGCUCCAGGACGAGCUGCGACUGGAGGAGGCUCGGCUGGUGCUGCUCAAGAAGCUGCGGCAGAGUCAGAUCCAGAAAGAGAAUGUGGUGCAGAAGGUGCCGGUGGUUCAGAACGCCCCCUCUGCGGUCCAGCCCCCUCAGAUCCAUUCCUCCCAGCAGGGCCUGUCAAAGAUGCCGGUCCGGCCCGGAAUCCACUCUGAGCCACAGAACCUGAGGGCUGUGCAGGGUCACUCUGUGAUCAGAUCUGCAGCCAGCGCGUCGCUCGCCCCGAUGAUGAUGUCACAGCGUGUGAUUGCACCCAACCCCGCUCAGUUACAGGGUCAGAGGUUACCGCAGAAACCGGGCAUCGCCCGCUCCUCGAGCAGCAUGAACACUGCCGUCAACUACCAGCAGUCGAGCCAGCAGGGGGCAGCGUCACAGCGCUCAGGCUCCUCUGCCAUCUACAUGAACCUGGCUCACAUCCAGCCGGGCGCAGGGAGCUCCUCCCCCCUGCCCAGCCCCAGUGCCCCCCUGCCCGACCCCGUCAGCAGCCAGGCCGCCGCCAAGUUGGCCCUCCGCAAGCAGCUGGAGAAGACCCUCCUGGAGAUCCCCCCGCCCAAGCCCCCCACCCCCCUGCUGCACUUCCUGCCCUCCGCGGCCAACAGCGAGUUCAUCUACAUGGUGGGGCUGGAGGAGGUGGUGCAGAGUGUCAUCGACAGCCAGGGUAAGCUGCGUGGGACCCUGUCCCGCAUGCAGCCCUUCGUGUGCGCACAGUGCAAGACGGACUUCACGCCCCACUGGAAGCAGGAGAAGAGCGGCCGCAUCCUGUGUGAGCAGUGCAUGACCUCCAACCAGAAGAAAGCCCUGAAGGCGGAGCACACCAACCGGCUGAAGAACGCCUUCGUGAAGGCACUGCAGCAGGAGCAGGAGAUUGAACAGAGACUUCAGCAGCAGGCUUCUCUCUCCCCCAGCUCAGCCCCCACUGUGCCCAGCGGCAGCAAAAGCGAUAACCUCCUCCGGCACCACGCACUGCGACAGGUGAGGCAGCUGGAGGAGCGUGGCCGAGCGCUGGAGCGCACAAUGGGAAACUAUACCCUGCACUCGGGGCACUGCACUGGGGAAAGAACCGCUCCGCAGCCCCAGGCCCCUCUGCAGCGAGGGCUGUCCGGCUCGGCCCGUGGCGUGCUCUCUAACUUUGCCCAGGCGUCGCAGCUCUCCGUGGCGAGCGGGCUGCUCGGCAUGCCAGGUAAGCGAGCGCCGGCGAGCAGAGGCCAGCCCGAGGGAAGACGGCAGCUGUAUAACAUUCCAGGUACAGCCUUUUAUCCACCAUCCUCCUCUUCCUCCUCCUCUCUCUCUCUGUCAGCGGUACCAGGGCCCAUGUUGAACUGGGAUUUAAGCUCCAUUUCAGUAAAGCUCCUUCAUUUCAGCGGCCACCUCUGUUUGUGAUUGGUUGUCAUUGUUCUUGGCGUCACGCCUUUGUUUCUUCAGUGGUAGCUGCCAGGCACAGUAUUUGCACCCCUGUCUGUGAAAACAGUCCUUAGAGUGAGCCAAUAUGACAGAGCUGCCAGACUUCACUCCCAAACCUCCCUGAGGGCCUCUUCUCACUCCCCUCGUCGAUUCGGCUGUCAUUAAUGGACAGCAUUUAGUUUUAACCGU